CACCAUUUCUUUUGGCAGGCUUCGCCGUUUUCUCAUCAUAAGAGAACGCAUGGUUCACCUCUGCCUGCUUCAUCCACCUCCGUUUCUCCGCUGCCGCUCAUCGGCUCUGCAACCUUUGUCCUUCAGAGUUAUGAGAUGGGUAUACUGGUGCUUACAGUAGACCUGCAAUGCUCCCGCUGCAAGAAGAAGAUCAAGAAUGUCCUGGAGUGCCUCCAAGAGGACUACUGCAUCGAGAAGAUUGAGUAUGAGGACAAGGACAACCGGGUGAUCGUCCGCGGCAACUUCGACACGGAUAAGCUGUGCAAGAAGAUCUGCUCCAAGGCCUGCAAGAUCGUCAAGCAGAUCGAAAUCGUCGACGAAUGGCCGCCGAAGAAGCCAGACCCACCAAAACCAUGCCCUAAACCUGAUCCAUGCCAUUGCCCGAAACCUGACCCGCCAAAGCCAUGCCACUGCGAGAAACCUGACCCGCCAAAGCCAUGCCAUUGCCAGAAGCCUGACCCACCAAAACCAUGCCCAAAACCUGAUCCACCAAAACCGUGCCAUUGCCCAAAACCUGACCCACCGAAACCAUGCCCAAAACCUGAUCCACCAAAACCGUGCCAUUGCCCAAAACCUGACCCGCCAAAACCAUGCCCAAAACCUGAUCCACCAAAACCGUGCCAUUGCCCAAAACCUGACCCACCGAAACCAUGCCCAAAACCUGAUCCACCAAAACCGUGCCAUUGCCCAAAACCUGACCCACCAAAACCAUGCCCAAAACCUGAUCCACCAAAACCGUGUCAUUGCCCAAAACCUGACCCGCCAAAACCAGACCCGCCAAAACCAAAACCACCACCGCCACCGGAUCCCAAACCAACAUACAAGUUCGUGCCGUACCCAUACCCGUACCCGUACCCCAUGCAGUGCCAGAGCUGGCCGUGGAACUGCUCUCCGCAAACGUGUCAAUGCUGCCCACCCGCCCCACAGCCAGCACCGCCGCCGCCACCACCUCCCCCACCGCCAGUAGUGGAGCCGCCCAAGCCGAAGCCCUGCCAGUGCUCGCAAUCACAACACCACGGCUGUGGCUGCGGCAGCAAACCACCUGGGCCGCCGCCUAUCUGCUGGCCGCCGCCCACCUGGCCGCCGCAGCAGCCAUGCUUCCCGCCGGCAUGGACGACCGAGGAGAUCCCAUCCGAAGCCUGCUCCAUCAUGUGACGGCUGAUCUGUGAUUACAACUAUGAACACCGCAGUUGCCUUGGAUUAUUGCGGUGGUGCUACUUUAUCUGCCGUGCCUCGGAAACCGUAAUAAUGCAAGACUUAGUGCUGGUCUUUGUUGUCUAUGUACUCUACGUGCGGUGUCGUUAAUUUACCUCUUCUGAUGUCCCAAAGUUUAUUUGGUUGUACAUGUAAUGCGUUAAUUUGUCAAUGUAAAUUUGUUUUCUUACUGUAUUAACUUGUGAACUAUUGUUGUUCACAUGCUUCUACUGAAGUUUGAUUGGCCCAGAGUUUGUGAUCA